CCCACAAAUCACAAAACCCCAAAGUUUUAAUCAAGUUAAAAGAACAUCGAAUCAUACUUGAAAAUCUCCACAACGCCUCCUGUUCCUGUAAAUCCCUACAUUCCCACUGACAUUCAUCUCUUAUAUAUCUGUGCCGGUUCUGCAGAUUGUUCUGCUACGCUGUGUUGAACCUGUUACCUGUAAUAUUAUUUUAAUUGGGUUUUCCAGAAUCUGUCAAAUUCGUAGUGCUUUUUUCUAUUUUUACUUUUUUCUUCGAAAUUUUGUUCUGAUGGGUCUCUGAUUUUGGUGAUUUUUUUGAGAUGGGUAUUUGGUAUUUAUGAGUUUCAUGUGAUUCUUGAAGAGGGUUUUUGCUGUAAAUUCUAUACUGUAUGAGAUAUUUUUGAAAAGGGUUUUCCCCAAGUCGCAGUCUGUUGUGGUCCUCUCUCUCUUUAUCACUCUCUCUCAGUGUAUGGCGUGGAGUUUGUGGGAGCUCGGUAGGUGUCCAGUUGGGUCAGUUCUGCAAGUAAGUGAUUAUCGACAAGCUUGAGAGCUCUCCAAAACUGUCCAUUUCUUUAUUCAAUUAUUAUAUGCAUCUAUUCAUCUACUACAUUUUUUUUUCUUGUUUGUCAAUUCAAUCAGUUAAAUAGUUUUUCAGUUUGUAGAAAAAGGUCAAGGGUUUCUUUAUUGGAAGUUGGUUGAGGGGUGAAUUCUAAGCAAAGCUGAGAAUCGCCGGACAACCCCCACAAUUUUUUUCCUGAACCGAAAUGGCUUGAUGGGAAUUUGCAGAUGGAGUCUAUCAGAAGACUGAGGGGGUACUGAGAGAGAGUGAGGUGGAACUGGAGAUGGAUCGGAGGAGUUUGCUUUGGAGGAGGAAGUCUUCUGAGAAGUUUACAGGCGAAACGGAGAGUUCUGGAUCGUUAUCUUCUCAGUCUGAAAAAUUCUAUGAUGAUCAGGGAUAUCCAACUCAUAAUACCCAAUCACCAGAGGUGACAUCUAAAUCUAUAUUUGCUGAUGAAGAAGAAGUUGAUGAUAAUGUGAAGACUCUUACAGACAAAUUGUCUGCUGCUCUUCUGAAUAUUAGUGCCAAGGAAGAAUUGGUAAAGCAGCAUGCCAAAGUUGCAGAAGAAGCUGUCUCAGGCUGGGAAAAAGCUGAGAAUGAAGUGUUGGUUUUAAAACAACAACUUGAGGUUGCUACUCGGAAAAUCUCAGCACUUGAAGAUCGAGCUGGUCAUCUAGAUGGAGCUCUCAAGGAGUGCGUGAGGCAGCUCAGGCAAGCAAGAGAAGAGCAAGAGCAGAAACUUCAAGAAGCUAUUGGAAAGGAAAUUCAUGAAUGGGAAUCUACAAAGGCUGAGCUUGAACACCAGCUUCUUGAGAUCCAGACCCAGCUUAAAACAGCUAAAACUGAGACUGUUGCUGUUGUUGAUUCUGAUCUUUGUCGGAAGCUUGAGGCUGCAGAAAAAGAGAAUUCACACCUGAAGCUCGAGCUUCUUUCUCGGGCAGAGGAGAUAGAACUUAGGAUUAUUGAGAGGGACUUGAGCACCGAAGCAGCUGAAACAGCUAGCAAACAACAUUUGGAGAGCAUAAAGAAGGCGGCUAAGCUGGAAGCUGAGUGCCGCCGGCUAAAGGCUGUUGCUCGUAAGGUGUCUCCAGCUAACGAUCACAGGUCUUUCUCUGUCUCCUCAAUUUAUGCUGAAUCUUUCGCGGAUAGCCAAUCAGAUAACGGGGAGAGGCUACUGGCUGUUGAAGCAGAUAUGCGAAAGGCAAGUAGCUUGGGGAAAAAUGAAGGUGAUCCAAGCCAAACUGAUGCAUUGGUAUCUUAUGUAGUUACAGAACCUGAUCAAUUUAAGAACAAAAAGUCUCUUGCGAAAAACCUCGUGGUCCAUCCACUAGAAAUAAAUCUCAUGGAUGAUUUUCUUGAAAUGGAAAGGCUUGCAGCAUUGCUUGAUACAGUAAGUGGAAACUCUUAUCUCGAGGCUGGACCUGUAUCUGAUCAAGCCGACAGUGGUGAAAGUGUAUUAAAAGCUGAACUUGAAGCAGUGACUUAUAGGACUUCUGAACUGGAGGAAAAAUUAGAAAAGAUGGAACAAGAAAAAGAAGAACUGGGUCUGGGAUUGACCGAAUGUCAAAGGCAGCUUGAGAUAUCAAGAGGUCAGCUAAAGGAAGCAGAGAUGAAGUUAAUAGAGCUGAAUUCUCAGUUAGCUCUCGCAAAUGAAUCAAAGCUGGCUGCAGUGGAAGAGAUGGCAGCCACUGAUGCACAGAGAAAAGUGGCAGAGUCACAACUCAGAGUUGCUGAAGAUAAAAUCAAAACCUUGGGUUUAAAAAUUGGUUCAUUAGAAGCAGAUCUUGAGAAGGAGUGUGCUUUGUCCGCGGAAAAUAUAGCCAAGUGUCAGAAAUUCGACAAUGAGCUUUUGAGAUUGAAAAAUGAAGCUAAGCUCAAGCAUGAGGCUGAGUUCCAAUCUGUGGCAAGCGUAAAAGCAGAAUCGAAGAAGAAACAGGAUAAAGAGCUGGCAGUGGUUGCUAGUAAACUCGCGGAGUGCCAGAAAACAAUUUCAUCUCUUGGUCAUCAGUUGAAAUCUCUUGCAACAUUGGAAGAUUUCUUGAUUGACUUCGACAAGCCAUUGAAUCUCACUAAUGAUGGUUCGUCGUCUUCCAAAAAUGCCGAUGCUUCCAGUGAUUUGUGUUUUACCAGAGGUAAUUCUGAUGAAUCUCCAAGAGCAGUCAGCAAUUAUUUUGGUGAUCCAAAGAAUGGCAGCACCAGAGAGUCUAUACUGUCGCAAAGUUGUAGCAUUAUGGAUGAAAAGAGCGGAAAUGGGAUUGGAAAUUUUAUACCAGAGGUGGGAUUAAUGAAUAUGAGCAAAAGAAUUCGAUAGAAAUGGAGGAAGCAAUCAGUUUUGAGUUUUUGCAAUGUAAAAAGCUUUUCUGCUGGUUAUUAUGAGGCUGUAAAUACUAAAUUCAGUAUUGUAACCAAUUUUAGAGUAGGAAUUGAAGAAAGAAAUACAAAACUAUAAUAAAAUCCAAAAGAAUACAUCUUUGC